UAAUUCCGUUCGCUUCACAGGAAGCGCUCACCGACAGCCGCGACGGUUAUGAGUGGAAGUGAAGAAGAUUCGUAUUAUGAAACAGAAAUAGUUUAAUGAUUAAAAAUAUUACUACCUGUAUUAUCUCGCAGAUAAACGUUAUAUCGGCGCUGGAGCGUCACCGCGUUUGUUUUUUUAUUGAAUAUUCAUGAGCUGACGGGACGGAAUAAAUGAGCUCCACUCAGCUUUCUCGUUGAUCCAGUGGCCUGCGUGAGAAGCAUCAUGACGCUGGCUCCUAAAGAGCUGUCGAACCUGCUGGGCAUCAUGUCGGAGGACGCCUGCAGCAACAGCUUCGAGCAGCUGUCCACCGCCUUCCACCACUGCUUCGGUAAAGCCGAGCACUUCCGGGUGGGUUCGGUUCUGGUGAUGUUGCUGCAGCAGCCUGACCUGCUGCCAAGCGCUCCGCAGCGGCUCACGGCGCUCUACCUGCUGUGGGAGAUGUACCGCACCGAGCCGCUGGCCGCCAACCCCUUCGCCGCAGUGUUUGCCCACCUGCUGAACCCAUCGCCCACAGGAGAGGAGCAGGAGAAACCGCUCUCGGGUUUUCUUCCUCCCAUCACUCUGCCGGAGAAGUUCUUCCUGUCGCAGCUGAUGCUCGCCCCUCCACGAGAGCUCUUCAAGAAGACGCCGAGACAGGUGUCCUCCAUGGAUGUGAGCGCCACGCCGCAGACCAUCGACAUCAGCGGACUGCAGCUCGCCCUCGCUGAGCGUCAGUCAGAGCUGCCCACUCAGAGUAAGGCCAGUUUUCCCAGCCUGCUUAGCGACCCUGAUCCAGACUCCUCCAACUCAGGCUUUGACAGCUCCGUGGCCAAUCAGAUCACAGAGUCGCUGGUGACGGGACCACGUCCUCCUCUGGAGAGUCACUUUCGUCCUGAGUUUAUCCGGCCCGCUCCGCCUCUUUUGGUGUGUGAGGAUGAGCUGUCCUGGCUCAACCCGUGUGAACCGGAUCAUCGGAUUCAGUGGGAUCGAUCCAUGUGUGUGCGGAACGGCACAGGAGUGGAAAUCAAGCGCAUCAUGGCCAAAGCUUUCAAGAGUCCAUUAUCAGCGGCACAGCAGACGCAGUUGCUUGGUGAACUCGAGAAGGAUCCAAAGCUGGUUUACCAUAUUGGACUGACACCAGCCAAACUACCGGACCUGGUGGAGAACAACCCUCUAGUGGCCAUUGAGAUGCUCCUGAAGCUGAUGUCAUCCAACCAGAUCACAGAGUAUUUCUCUGUCCUGGUCAACAUGGACAUGUCGCUGCACUCCAUGGAGGUGGUCAACAGGUUAACAACAGCGGUAGAUCUUCCACCUGAGUUCAUCCAUCUCUACAUCUCCAACUGCAUCUCCACAUGUGAGCAGAUCAAAGACAAAUACAUGCAGAACCGUCUGGUCCGUCUGGUGUGCGUGUUCCUCCAGUCCCUCAUCAGGAAUAAGAUCAUUAACGUUCAGGAUCUGUUCAUUGAGGUUCAGGCCUUCUGCAUCGAGUUCAGCCGGAUCCGUGAGGCUGCGGGCCUGUUUCGCCUCCUCAAGACCCUCGAUAACGGAGAGACGCCUGCCGAGGGCAAGAUGGCCAAAUGAUGCAGACGGAGUGCAUGUACUCCAGGACUAAAGCUGAGUCUCUCUAUGAAAGCCUUUCAGUUCACAGCAUAUGAACUUCCUCGUGUUUUCUGUUCCUACAUGUACAACGUGUUCAACUCUUGUGUCUUUGUUUUGAUCCCGAUUACUGCUGUUUUUUCGUCCAUUAAAGCGAUGGUUACUAACACGUUCUCAGACGACGUUCUUCAUCGUGUCACAGUCAUGCCGUCAUGUGAGUGUGAUCUCAUUGAGAUCCAUUCAACCUUAUGAUCACCAUUAAUUAAUGAGUGAUGAUGAUGCUGAGCGGAAUGUGUUCGUUUGACUGCGUGACAUUUGGUUUGGAUGUUUGGGUAACAUUUUACUUAAGGCCUUUAUGUAUAAUGCAUUAUAAAAAAGUAUUUUUAAUGCAUUAAUUAUACAUCUUAUAUUAUAAUGCAUUGUUUGAUCUCAUGAAUAAUAAUGUAACCACAGUUAUAAUACAUUAUAAUACUUAUCUAUUCAUUGUUACACCUUUAGAAAGUAUAAUGCAUUAAAACAAGCUACCAAUUUUGGAAAUAUUAUGCUGCAUUUAACUUGAAAAUAUGUAAUGCAUUUCAAAGGACAUUAUGAAUACCUUUAAAAUGCAUUAUACAUAAAGGCUUUAAGUAAAGUGUUAACGAUGUUUGUUCCUUCAUAUUCUUUCAACACAAAUUAAAAUGAAAUGUUUAAGUUAACAAUG